AAUAAGUAAAGGCGAAAUGAGUUGUCUUUGUGGAAAUAUUGUGUUUCAUAUUUGGCCUAAUUUUUUUCCAAUUCACAGGAUCCCGACAUGGUUCGAAAUAUAUCGCGGUGGGUAAAAGAAGCUGUAAAUAUUCCAUUCUUUGCGAAAAUGACACCCAAUGUGACAGACAUUGUAACAAUUGCUCGCGCUGCUAAGGAAGGUAAGAUAAAGGAGUUUAUGAAAUAAAAAGGUCAGGUAUUUCCGUGGUAGGUAAUCUAAGAUGAAGGUUAUUUAUCACAAAGGUAUUACGACUAAGAGAUUCGUUUAUUUGGAUACGCCAUUGUCUUAUGCCAUCAUGUAAUGACGCCUGUAAAUCUCGUAGCUGUGGCCGAAUUGGCAACGGGAUUUUUGUCAAUUCGGUCCCAAAAAGGUCCCGUAGGAAAACAAGCAUCUAUCACGGAUUAUGGCGUGCGUACGGAAUGGCGCAAAGGCUGUUUUCCAUUACGGCCACUUUGCCCGCGCGAAGGAAGCGACCUCGUUUGGGCAUACGCAUUAAGUUUCUUGUGUAAGAGUUUACUCGCGGACACGCGAUUGAAGUUGAAAUGUUUUCAACCUUGCAGGUGAACUCGCGUGAUCGUUAACUCACGUGGUUGGAAUAAACCAAUGGGAUUACUCAUAUUUCCUUUAUUUCCGCGCGUACGAAGCGGACACUAUGAGCAUGCUCCGUAAAGUUAUGGCGUGACCACGAGUGGCUCGUUUGUGACGCGCGUGCACGCUUUGCGCGUGCACGCUAUUUCAACUUUCAAAGCGUGCACGCGCGACAGAAUGCUCAAUACUGUCCGCUUCGCCGCCGCAGACAAAGCGGACGUAAUGGAAGCCGUUCUUAGCACCACUUCACUGGCUAUCCUAACAUCUUUUAUAUUUAGGAGGUGCUGAUGGGGUAACAGCUACAAAUACUGUAUCAGGUUUAAUGGGUCUUGAUGGUAAAGGAGCAGCAUGGCCACGUAUUGGAGUACAAAAAAGAACCACUUACGGAGGUGUGUCUGGUAACGCCAUCCGUCCUGUAGCGUUACGAGCUGUGUCGGCUAUUGCUCGUGCUUUACCGGGAUUUCCGAUCUUGGCAACUGGUGGUAUUGAUAGCGCUGACGUUGCAUUACAGUUUGUACAUGCUGGUGCUUCUGCUGUCCAGGUCAGUCAACUGUUCUGUAAACUAAGGUACUGGUCAUUAAUAAUGGGAGGGUAUAAUGCGUAAGAACAGGAGGAAAAACUCAAUUAUAAGGCCUAAAAUCCAAAAUAUGUGCCAAGGGGCUACUGCAUACUUGCAUGUUAUAAAAACUAAAGCCCAGGAUAUAACUUUAAACAAAGGCAUUUUGUAAAACUUUUUAUUUUUUAUGUCUACGUUUCGUUAGUUGCAACUACAUCAUUUUCAGUGACUAAAUUAACUCACAGAUGUUACACAAAUUAUUUAAACUUAAUGUACAAAAUAAGUGAACCAUGCAAUCAGAAUGCACAGGAGAGAUGAUGGGGUGGGAGGGGAGGGGUAAACACUGCUGGAAAAUGUCCACCACACCGGUUGCACUGCUGCCAUGAAACGUUUAACAAAAUAUGUUCGAAGGAAAUUUCUUAUACAUCUUGCAGGGAAUUUUUGUCAUCGUAUAUAUAUAAUGGAAUGCCUUAUGAUUAUACUUAUUGUUUACAAAAGUGUUCCGCAAGUCGAGAAUGUCCAUCGCAAUUAUUGAUCACACUGUGCGCCACCAUACAUUCUCUGAGGUCUACAUAUGCAGGAAUUUCCAUAUUUGACUUGUACACAGUAACUUAUGCAUUUUGCUGUCAAGACGACAAAUAUAUAAGAGUAUUAAAAAAGGCAUUGUAGACCCUCAAAUUCAUUGUGGACCCUCAAGUUCAUUGUGGACCUUCAAGUUCAUUGUGGACCUGAGCAUAACUGUAUAAAUAAUUUAGUCAAUAAUUUAGUCACUAAAAUGACGUGGUUACAAUGAUAUGCAUUCUACUUGCUACAUGGUGCAUUAUUAAUGCAUAUCUUUAAACAGAUAUCUAGUGCUGUACAAAAUCAAGACUUUACAGUUAUUCAUGACUAUAAUACUGGGUUGAAGUGUCUUCUGUACAUGGAGUCAUGUAAGGAAUUUGAAAAUUGGAAUGGACAAAGCGCUCCUACUGCAAGACAUCAAAAAGGAAAACCUGUUCCAAAAAUAAGUGAUCUUGUUGGAAAGGUAUGCCAGAUGAAUUGUGUUUUUUUUUCAAAAAUUAUUUAACGUAUUAAACGUCGGUAUUAGGCUAACUAACUAAAGGGAAAGUGUGCACUGCUAUAAUGUAUGAAAAUAUCCAAAAUUAUGAAACAGAAAUUAAUAUAUUGCAAUGUAUCUUGUAUGAUAAAUGCGAAGUUGAAAUAUAACACGCUUUAAUACAUUUUUACACGCAACCACUUGCAACUUACAAUGCGCUUUCGCCGUUUCGGGCCUUAUAGCUUUCCUGCUGUACUUAUAAUUUAUGAAUGCAUUGCCCAUUAUAAAAUGGACCAGAAUAGAGCAUUGCCAUUGGAGUGUUAAAUUGGAUGAUUUGCAUUGCAUGAAAGAUUUGCGAUUUAUAGCAUAUUGUAAUUCAUUGAAUAAAAAAUGCAUUUUACAAAGUAUAAUUGAAAUAUUACUCUUUAUUUUGCUUGAGAAUUUUGAUUCACAAACAGCGAGUUAUAUUGGAUCGGUCAUUGGUAUCAUAUCACUUGAUUGAAUGAUUUCAUGAGCCAAACUCAAAGGCUAUUGAAACUACAUGAUGUGUUUUGUAAUAUGACCCUCCGUUAGUAAAUCUAAUUCCGAGGACUGGGAGAAGGGCAGAAGGCACGUUUGUGAGAUCAUAAAAAAAGCAUGUGCUUGAUGUACUUUAUAAUCAUUGGAAUUCUGCAAAAUCUCGCCGCCAAAACGCUUGAAAUCGCAUUUCAGAGACUCUAGAUUUCAAAAUUUUCCGGGGGACAUGCCCCCUAGCAUGUCUCACGCCUUCGGCGUUCGACUUAUGUUUGAAUGAUUCUAGAUCCGCCCCUGGUUGUGACAAGUCUGGAACAAGUUGUUAUCACGUUGUUACAAGGUUGAUAAAGGUAUAACACACGUGCUACACGUUGUUUCAACUAACACAGGCUGUUCGUAACAAGUUGCUACGAACUUGUUGUCAUCAACUUGCAAACGACUUGGUGCAACAACUUGUUACGAGUCUGUUGGUCUCAUCAUUAACCUUGUUCCAGACUUGCCAACAACGGGGAACAAGCAGUGCAACAUAUGCAUGUACUUGUGAGGUUUUUACGCGUGCACGUAAGUUGCUUCACGGGAGUUCAUAUAAAUAAUGUCGGAUCAUGUAUUCAUGUGGGUUAUACUUCAUACGCGUUUUCACCCGUACAUGCAAAAAAAUAUUGAAAAUGCUCGUCAGUCGGCCAUCUAGCCUGCAGAGCAGGCGUUCUGGUUAUGGGCUUAGGGGCUUGACCAUGUUAAUUAAUAGAUUUUUAUGAUGACUUUCCUUUACAGCAUCUGCCAAGUUUUGGCCCAUAUCUCCACAAGCGAGAAGAAAUAAUCAGUAAAUACAAAGCGGAGAUGGACUUACAUGCUCCUGAAUACUUGCCUGAGAAAGCACGUCCACCUGUACAGGCUGUUAAACCCACACCCACAGUCAGGGUACGUUUCAGUAAUUUCUGUUAUUGCAUGUAUACAUUGUAGCAUAGACAAUCCAGAAUCAUUCUCGUCCCCAGAGCCAUUUUCACUCGGUCACUCGUUGAAAAUUAGGCUCUGGGAUAGACGACUAAAGGAAGAGAUCUGAUUGGCUUCUCAGAGAACUGCUAUUUCGCAGAAGUUGAGCAGUUUUCGCUGGGCAAAAUCAUUCUAUCAACAUAUGUCAACACAAAUACUUCGUUUCUUCUUAAUACUUCACUGUGAAAAUUCUUACGGGUGCUAAAGUGUCCCAAUUCAAGAGCAUGCGCUUUAGAAACUACUGCAAGUUUUCUUGCAUUUUCGGUUCCGUGUGUCCCAGGGCCUAGGGAGGACGCACGCGGCUGAGAGGCCCUGGGGACGAGGAUGAUCCAAAAUACAUCGUUUGGCUUCAGGAUUGUCUAUGAUUGUAGUCGCUACGUCUCUUGUGAUUGGCCAGUAGCGUAGAUCUAAAUAUGUAAAUCACGCAACCUAGACAUAACGCAGUUCUGAGUUAUGUUUUGGUUACUAACUUCCCGAUGAUGGGGCCUUCGCUCGAAACGUCGAAGUUCUCCUUGUAUUUUUCAGGUAGUUGUAUCCCUAUGAACCCGAAGCUUUCUUGUUAUUGACACAACGUACAUCGUCUCAUUGUGACCUUAGUAUAUACCAUUUAUAAACACUCACAGCUAAUAUUUUUUAACUCUCAUUCAACACCCAAGUGUACCUAAAUUUUCUUGUCAAACUUUUAUCGCACAGGAUGACACCACCUGUGAUAAUUCGCCAUUUCGAAGAGACUGAGUGUUAAGAAGUAGCAAAAUUAAGAAAAGAACGCAGCCACUGGAAAGAGCAGCUCGAAAUUACUGCUUAAACCAGGUCGAUUACUUAAUAUGAAUAGCAAGCUUUGAAAGAUCGCAAACAGUUGUUCUAUAAAAUACAUUGUAUAUUGGUGGACGCGCGUCCUUCAAAAUCUCCAAGCUCAAACUUUGUAUACUAACUAGUUUUGAGGUGUCUUCAAGUGGUUCAGUUAGUUUCUUCAUUGUCUUCUUUUUAGCACUCGUUCCCAGUCUCAUCGACAUCAGAAUAACUAAAAGCAACUUAAUUUGUAAAUCAGUCUUUUUAUGACAUUAAAACUUCCUUUUACUUUUCCAGGAUAUGAUAGGUCGUGCUCUGAGCACAAUUGGUACUUACGGCGAGCUGGAUAGUAAACAACAAGUGGUUGCAGUUAUUGAUGAAGAAAUGUGCAUUAACUGCGGCAAAUGUUACAUGACCUGCAAUGAUACUGGUUACCAGGCCAUCACUUUUGAUCCACAAACACAUCUACCUCAUGUGACUUCAGACUGCACUGGAUGCACUCUGUGUGCUAGCGUUUGUCCAAUAAUAGGUAGGUGAAACAAUACUUUCAAGAAAACGCCUAAUCAUAUCUGAAAAUGCUGUGCUGAGUGGUUAUAUUACUACCUUAAAAAACAAGAGAAACUCAACGUUUCGAGCGAAGGCCCUUCGUCAAGAGUUAUACCAUUUAUAAACACUACUAACUCUUUAUAAACACUACUAACUCUUGACGAAGGGCCUUCGCUCGAAACGUCGAGUUUCUGCUUGUUUUUUAAGGUAGUAAUAUAACCACUCAGCACAGUAUUCUCACAUUGGUACUAUACCUACACUGGUACAGACCGUUUUAGUAUAUAAUCAUAUCUGAAACUAUUUGAAGACUGCGCAUGAUUACGUCUAAAAUGCCUAAAACUACUUCAUAACAUUUGCUGCACUGAUGCACGCGCAUCUAUUAAUUGCAAAGCGUACGCCAAUAUUGGACCUGUUAUGUCUAAAAUUGAAUUGGGAUUCGAAUGUACCGGAUCUCAACUGCUCAAACGGCAAAUCCGUCGAAUCACCAGUUCUGCUGGGGGACCGAGAUUUUGUGGGGCAGUCCGAAAGGGCUAAGGGUAUAAUGAAGCAAUCAUCUCGUCCAAUAACUAAACCGUACUGUUAAAACAUUAAUAUAAUAUUUAAAAAGAAGCUGGGUUCAACCGUGCAAGGUGAAGCCGUCUCAACAUAAAAUCAUAGUUCUUUGACGUUUUCCGAGUUUCCAGACCAUAUCUCGAUUAACUAGUAUGCACUGCUUCUGUAUAGCAACACAUAACUGCAAACGUCGACGACAUUUUCGAUUGAUUUAAUUAAAGCACUAUCCAUCGUCCAGAACUGAAUAUUUUUAUUAUUGUUUUCUCAUUAUUAUGUCAAAAUUACAGUUAUACAGGGUGUCUCAAAAAAAACGUUAUGGAAAUUCAACAGGCUGUCGUGCAUCAUAAACGUGGCUAAACAAUUCAAUUUUUACAUAGGACGAAAGAACAGUUAUUCAGCUUUUCAAUGAUACUCUUUUUAAAUCGUUACGAUGAGAAAUGGCCACAUACUCGUCAAAUAAAAAUUGCCGGUCGAAAUCACAUUCUUCCACCGUUGGGAAUUGCAUGGAAAACGAAACAUAAACAAUUCCCAAGAGGGAACUAAAAUUGAAUGUUAAAUUAUCUAAAAUAAGUUCAACUCGUCAAUCGUCGUCUUAGUGAGACCAUAAGAACGUCCAUCAGUAUUGCAUUAAACAUGGUUCAAUUAACCCUUGAACAGAGAACAUUCGUAAUCAAAACGUUUUACGAAACAAGUACCUUGCAGCAGACUCACGGUGCUUUCGGAUUGAUUAACUUUGCAUAAGUAAUGUAUUUUUAAUUCCCAACGGUGGAAAAAUGUGAUUUCGACCGAAAAAUUUUAUUUCACGAGUAUGUGGCCAUUUCUCAUCGUUACGGUUUAAGAAAUAUAUGAUAUAGAGAAGCUAAAUAACAGCUCUUUCGUCCUAUAUAAAAAAUGAAUUGUUUAGUUAAGUUUGUGAUGCACAACAGUCUGUUGAAUUUCCAUAGCGUUUUUUUUUAGACACCCUGUAUAUAUAAUAAAAAAAUUCUGUGUAAAACGUUUUCAAUAUGUAUAACCGGUUCAUCACCAUUGUAAAUAAUGUAACGUCCUAACGAAAACUAACUGCAAACGACCUAACUAAAACCAACUGGAGACGACUUUCUUAAAAAAAAUGUUUAUUAAAGCUCUCAACAAAAGUUAAAAUUUUUUGACGACUUUCUUAACGGUAAAAAUGUUUAUUAAAGCUCUCAACAAAGGUUAAAAUUUUUUGACAUCGUCAUUUUGAUAAUCUUUCAUAUUUAAAAAGUGGCAUUCGCGUCAAAAUUUUUAUUUUCUUAAACGAAAAUGCUCUUAAAACUGUAUAGUAACUUGUUUUCAAGAUUUUUGUUCCCAUGCUUAGUUCUUGAGAUAUUUCAUUUUGUUUGUAACCAUGUGACGUCAUUGACUCGAUCACAUAUAAUGAGAUAUCGGUAAUUGUUGUAUAUCUUUGCUAUUUUUUAUUAAAAUCUUUUCAAAGAUGCGGCGCGUUUGUUAAUUUAAUCUACAUCAUUAAGCAUACUGUUUUUUAAAUUAAACAAGUCCAUCAAAAAUAGCAAAGAUAUACAACAAUUACUGAUAUCUCAUUUAUGUAAUCGAGUAAAUGACGUCACAUGGUUACAAACAAAAUGAAAUAUCUCAAGAAUUAAGCAUGGGAACAAAAAUCUUGAAUACAAGUUACUAUACAGUUUUAAGAGCAUUGUCAUUUAAAAAAAUAAAAAUUUUGACGCGAAUGCCACUUUAACUUUUUUUGCAAUUUCAAGCUUUCUCAUCACUCUAAUUUUACAUUUUAUUAGACUGUAUCACAAUGGUGCCAAGAACAACUCCUUACGAGCCAAAUCGUGGUAUUCCAAUUACAGUAAAAGCUGAAGCGUAAGAAACAAUUUAGGAAAUGACUUAUCAGUGUGUAACAUAUAACUCAUAUAGACACAUCCACAUAUAUAUAUAUAUAUAUAUAUAUAUAUAUAUAUAUAUA